AUGAUCCGCUUAAUAUUGGUGCUAACGUUUACCCUUGCAUUGGCCGAGGCUGUGCCCUUGAUAUCUUAUGAUGAUAUCGACGAUACGGAGGUCAUUGAGUUGCCUGACAAUGCCAUUGAUGCAGCUGAGGCGCCGGCCAGUAAGGAUAUCAUCGAUUUAAGCGCCUAUGGCAGUGCAUUGUUUGGUACGCCCGAUCAAGAGUUAACCGCGGCCCUCGUGGCCAAUUAUAGUGCCGAGAACGCGAUUAAUCCUGAGGAGCUGGGCACCUAUCUGGAAGGCGAUAUUCUUAUGCCUGGCCAGUACAUCAGGAAUGGACUCACCACGCAGAGCUCCCGUUGGCCCAAAGGUGUGGUGCCCUACGAGAUACGCGGAAAUUUCAAUUCCCGUGACAGGACCACCAUUGAGAAUGCCAUCGCCCAAUAUCACAGACGCACCUGCAUUCGUUUUGUGCCACGCAGCAUCGAGCGCGACUACAUCAGCAUUGUGAGUGGGAAUUCGGGCUGUUGGUCAUCGGUGGGACGUGUGGGCGGCAAGCAGGAGGUGAACCUUCAGUCUCCUGGAUGUUUGGGCAGACCAGGCACAGCCAUACACGAGCUGAUGCAUGCUCUGGGCUUUCUACACGAACAGAACCGCAUGGAACGCGAUGGCUUUGUCGCUAUUCAGUACCAGAAUGUGCAGCCAUCCGCAAAAAGCAAUUUCGACAAGGCGGCUCGCACCGAGGCCUUCGGAGUACCCUACGAUUAUGGCAGUGUGAUGCACUAUUCGGCUAAUGCCUUCUCCACCAACGGGCAGCCCACAAUUGUGGCUGUGAGAGCCGGUGGCAGUUCCAAAAUGGGUCAGCGUGAUGGCUUCUCCGAUUACGAUGUGGAAAAGCUGAACAAAAUGUACGAUUGCGGAUAUCAACCAACUCUACCUGGAGCUGUGGCACCAGUCCCAAUUCCUGCGCCUGCACCUGCACCCGCUCCUGUUGCAGGCAGCGGCAAUCCAAUUGUUGAAAGCUUCCUCGGUGGCCUCAUCAGCGGCCUGGGCCUAGGCGACGAGAAUGAGAACAAACCUAGCCAGUAG